CACCUGGGCAGGGAACCAAACUAUGUCCCUGAGCUGGGGGCUGCAGUGCAGGCUCAGCAGCACAGCCCAAUCUCUCCCAGCUGCUGCAGGCUUGCACUUGUCCUGCGAUGGAGCCGAUAAGGGGCAGGGAGGCUGUGGGUCUCUUCCUGCUGCUCCACCAGCACAGCUCUGGCUGUCAGCAGGCAGUGACCCCAGUUGUGACACAGCGUGAUCCUGCCCAACCUGUUCCUUUGGCCACCAGGUGCCAACUGCCGUGCUGGCAUGAGGUGUGGGUGCUGCGGUGCUGGACAUCGCAGUGCUCACGAUUCUGCUGCAGUGUGACCCCCCAGCAGCAAUUUAUAGGGCUGUCACUGCUGAGGGUGCUCAGCAUCACUGGGUGCACAACUGAAACACGCUGCACUGGCAUGAUGAUCCCUGGCUGGCUCCUGGCACCAGCACAGUGGCACUGCUGUGCUCUGGGAUGUCUCCCAUCUUCUGCAAUUCCUCUCGUGAAAAGUCACCAGGAGAGGCCAGGGAGGGUCGUGUUUGCCAAGCAGAGUCCUCUUCAAUCCCCUGCCAGCAGGAAGUUCCUGCCUUAAAAAAGCACGCUCCGUCCCCAAAUGCUACAGGGGAGGGGAGAAGCAGGGCCGUGCCCCCACGUCCCUCUCUCUGCUGUGCCAGCUCCACGUGAGACCCCGUGUGACCCCUCACAAGGCUCCCCGGUACCUCAUCAGGGCCGCGGCUCCGGGCUCAGCCGGCGUUCCUGGAAGGAGCCUUUGAAACCGUGCGGCAUUUCCUCCAAGACACCGUGGGGGAAAAUCCCUGCAGCGCCGUUCCCAGGCCCGGGGCCGCUCCUGGGGCUGCUGCCUCCAUAAAACGCGGGCGGGCGGCAGCGGGCUGCAUUUGCUGCGGGUGGACGGAGACAUCGCAAUAUGGGCAACUGGCUGGUCAACCACUGGUUCUCGGCCACCGUCCUUAAGGAUGGCAGUGAUGGGACAGUUAUUUUGCAACACUCCUUCCCACCCUUCUUCCCGUGUCCCAUCUCACCCGUGAUGCCUCAGGAGUAAGGGAGUGGAAUGGGAUGCACUGCGCUGAUGCCCUCUAUCCGUGCCUGCAGCCAUGUGCUGCAGGGUGAGAGGUCCUGGAGCUGGAGUUCCUCACAGUCCUUGGUUCCCCUGCAGGCGGCCUGGCUGGGCAUCAACAUCUUCCUCUUCACAUACUACUUUCUGUUCUUCGACCGGGACGAGCAGUACUUCUACACAAGGGCCAUCCUCGGGUCUGCCUUGGCAUGGGCCCGGGCAUCGGCCAAGUGCCUCAACUUCAACAGCAUGCUGAUCCUGCUGCCCGUCUGCCGCAAUCUGCUCUCCUUCUUGCGCGGGAGCUGCUCGUGCUGCAGGAGGACGCUGCGCAAGCAGCUUGACCACAACCUCACCUUCCACAAGUUGGUGGCCUAUGCGCUGGCCCUGUUCACAGCUGUGCAUACCAUUGCCCAUCUCUUCAACCUGGAGCGCUACAACUACAGCCAGCAAGCCAACGAUGGCAGCCUGUCUGCUGUCCUUUCCAAGAUGCACCUGCAGGACAGCAACAAGUGGCUGAACCCCAUCCAUUCCAACCAGACGACCGUCGAGUACGUGGCCUUCACCACCAUCCCAGGGCUGACCGGGGUCAUCAUCACUCUGGCGCUCAUCCUCAUGGUCACAUCUUCCACUGAGUUCAUCCGCAGGAACUACUUUGAGGUCUUUUGGUACACACACCACCUCUUCAUCAUCUACUUCAUUGGCCUCGUCAUCCACGGUGUCGCCGGGUUGGUGCGUGGGCAGACGGAGGAGAGCAUGAAGGAGGUGCACCCACAGCGCUGUGCUGAGUUCCUGGUGCACAAACCCAAGGAAUGUAGGCAGGAGUGCUGCAAGGAGCCCGAGUUCGGUAGCAUCCCCGCAGAGUCCUGGAAGUGGGUUCUGGCUCCCAUCAUCCUCUACAUCUUUGAGAGGAUCCUGCGCAUCUGGCGCGCGCACCAGAAGGUGGUCGUCACCAAGGUGGUCAUGCACCCCGCUAAAGUGCUGGAGCUGCAGAUGCAGAAGAAGGGCUUCCGCAUGGAAGUGGGACAGUACAUCUUUGUCAACUGCCCCGCUGUGUCCCUGCUGGAGUGGCACCCCUUCACCCUCACCUCAGCACCUGAGGAGGACUUCUUCUCCAUCCACAUCCGGGCGGCUGGGGACUGGACGGAGCGCAUCAUUGACACCUUCCAGCAGCAGAAGCUGGAAAUUCCCAGGAUCGAAGUGGACGGCCCCUUUGGCACAGCCAGUGAAGAUGUGUUCCUGUACGAGGUGGCCAUGCUGGUGGGAGCAGGCAUCGGCGUUACCCCCUUUGCCUCUAUCCUGAAGUCCAUCUGGUAUAGGUUCCAGCAGAAUGACCAGACUCUCAAGACCAAGAAGGUACUGAGAGCCCCGUGGGACCAGCUGACCCCACACCAUGGGUUUCUCCAUGUUCAGAAGCACUUGGCUUCCUCAUGCUUGAUAUCACAUCCUUCUCUUGCUCCAUCUCAAGUAACACUUCUUCCCCAUGCUACUGCAUCCCAGAUCUACUUCUACUGGCUCUGCCGAGACACGGGUGCCUUCGCCUGGUUCAAUGACCUGCUUGCCUCACUGGAGCAAAAGAUGGCUGAGUCUGGCAAGGCAGACUUCCUCACCUACCGGCUCUUCCUCACCGGCUGGGACACCAGCAUUGCCAACAAUGCAGCACUCAACUUUGACACAGUCACAGACGCAGUGACGGGCCUGAGGCAAAAAACCAUAUUUGGGAGGCCCAGGUGGGACAUUGAAUUCUCAACGGUGGCCACAGCCCACCCCAGGUCGGUGGUUGGUGUGUUCCUGUGUGGUCCGGAGGCACUGGCAAAGGUCUUGCAGAGAUCUUGUCACCAGCACUCCAGCUUGGACCCCAGAAAGGUCAAAUUCUACUUCAACAAGGAGAACUUUUAAGCGGGAGCCAGGAUGGGACCACGGGCAGCAGAGAAUAACCAGCCUGCUGCUCUCACUUCCCUUUUUGAAGCAACUCUGCCUGGAAUGAGCAUCAGCUGAAAAGCUUUGCAUGAGAACCAGGCAAGACAGCGAAAUCAUCCUUCAUAAGAAGAAACUCUGGGUUCACAGACUGCUGCCUCCUUAACCCUACAAAGGGUCCCUGUGAGGGGAAAUGAGCCCAGCUCUCAGCACAGCCCCCCAUGAGACAUGCAUUGGGAUGGACCGGAGCAGCACACAGGUGCAGACCAGCAGGAGGCAAGGGGAGCCCAGCAGGCUGGGCAAGAUGGUGGGGUCAGACGUGACACCAGGGCACUAAGGGCCAAACACACCCCUCCAGAUUUAAGUGUCCCUCUCCAUAAAAUAGUAAAUUAAACUUGUUUUUCCUUGCAAUAAAA